AUGGUGAUGAGUGACACAGAGGAGCCCUGUCACCCAGGAGGGCAGGCUGAGGGGAGACAUUUCUGCAGGCCCCUCUCUGGAGCGGACUGUGUGCUGUGCUUCCCUGCGCCCCGGCUGCUCUGCCUCCAUGGCAGGUCCACCCUGUUCUUGUCACUGCCAAGCCCCAGCCAGCACCCACACGUCCACUACACCCAGGUCUUCACCCGCAGUGAGUGGCAGGACAUAGUCAGCAAGAAGACCUUCCCCACGGUCAACCCCUCCACAGGGGAGGUCCUCAGGUGCGUGGCUGAAGGGAACCAGGCUGGGAGAGCCACCCACGAGGCCUUCUGCCACGGCACUGCGUAUGCCUCUGCACGGGGCCGGCUGUUGAGCUGCCUGCCCGAUCCAGUGGAGCAGGAUCGUGUCUAGCUGGCCUCGCUGGAGGCCCUGGACAAUGGCAAGCCUUCCCAAGACCCACAUGCCCUGGCCCGAGGUGAGCUCAUCAAGCUCUCCCGCUAGUUUGCACAGCAGGACCAUCCCCAUAGACGGCAUGCGCUCUGCCCAACGUGGCCUGAGCCGGCCAGGGUCUGCGGCCAGGUACCCGGGGAACUUCCCUUGGUCGUGCAGGGCUGGAAGCUUACCUCGGCGCUGGCUGGCGGUUGUGAGGUGGCUGAGCAGACCGUGCUGUCCGCGCUGCACCUGCUCUCCCUCAUCAAGGAAGCCGGCUUUCCCCCUGGCGUGGCGAACACCAUCACAGGCUAGGGGUCAAGGGCAGGAGCAGCUGGCGCCCAGCACUCGGACAUCAGCAAGGUCGCCUUCACAGGCUCCACGGAGGUGGGCCACCUGUCCUGGAAGGCGGCCAGUGACUCCAGCCUCAAGAGGGUGACGCUGGAGCUGGGCGGGAAGAGCCCCAGUGUCGUGCUGGGCCGCACCGACUUGGGCCAUGCUGUGGCCCGGUGCCACGAAGCCACAUUCUUCAACAUGGGCCAGUGCUGCAGCGCCGGCUCCCAGACCUUCGCUAGAGAAUCCAUCUAUGAGAGGGCCGUGGGGAAAGCCGAGCACAGAAAAGUUGGGAACCCCUUUGAGCUGGACACCCAGCAGGGGCCCCAGGUGGACAGGCAGCAGGUCGAGCAAGUCCUUGGCUGCAUCUGGCCUGGCCAGAAAGAGGGAGCAAAGCUUGUAUGUGGUGGGGAGCAUUUUGCACGAGGCUUCUUCAUCAAGCCCAUGGUCUCUGGCAGCGAGCAGGAUGAUAUGGGGAUUGUCACGGAGGAGAUCCUUGAGCCCGUGCAGUCCCUGUUCAGGAAGGUGGAAGAGGAGAUCGAGAGGACCAGUGGCACCAGAUGUGGCUUGGCUGCCGCUGUCUUCAGGGACCUGCAGGCAGGCACAGUGUGGGUGAGCACCUACAACGUUGUCUCCUGCCGUGAGCCCUUUGGCUUUAAGGAGUCUGGCAGUGGGAGUGAGCUGGGGGAGGAUGGGCUGUAGGCCUGCACGGAUGUGAGGACAGUCCCUGUCAAGGUUCCUCAGAAAAACUUGUAG